UCAAAUACUAUCUAUCCUAUUAAACAUUAACCGGAUUCAUUCUCAAGCAAAGUUUUCCCGUCAACACUUUUCUUCCACCUUAUCGACUAUUUCUUUUGCUUCCUUUCCUACUUACUUCCUCCUUACUAAACCCAGAUACAUCACAAAGUCGCUAGAAUCAAAACCUUACUUCGUAUAAGACUGUACUGUACAUUCAUUCCUACUUUUCUCUCUUAGGUCCUUCCACGAUUAUCAAAAGUAUCGAAUCGCAGCUAUUUCUGACACCACGCCCUAUCAAAACCCCACCCCAUCGUUCUUACCCACUCACUCAACUCCACUCCGCCAAUUUAGUCCAGAGUCGGAAGGCACUGAUCAUGAUUCAGUUUGAAAAAGGAAUAUGUUGAAGUCGCCAUCACUGAGCAGAUCUCAAGCUUCUCCUACUCUCUAUCACUAUGCACCUACUGCGACACGACCCUCACUGUCGCGCAGAACAUCGGCUGCAAACAAACCUUCUCCUUCGCCACAACCACAACAGCAAUCGACACCCCAGUCGCAACCAAAGAAAUGGGUCUAUGUUGAUGCAUCUACGCAGUGGAGUCCUCCCAUGAUGCCUUCUAGGAUGGCAGAUGGAGCAUCGCCGUCCGCGGAGGUGAAAGUAGAAGAUCCUCCUCCGGAACCCACCAUUGCGCCAGAGCAACCCAACGUCAAUGUAUUACGAAAUAUAAACCCACCAAUACAACCAGAAUCACCAAGCAUGAAGAGACGCCAAUCGGCAAUUGAAGAUGCGAAUACUUCCAGUAAAAAGGAGUCUCUCUCGAAAAGAGUAAAACCUCAAACGUCUGUGAAGAUUUUGCCUCGACAGUAUGAGCACUGUGAGGAAGAGGAUAUGGUCAUCCUUAUAGCUAGUAUGAUCGCAGAAUUGAUUCAAAGAAAUGACGCUCUUCCUCCCCAAGGCGGGGUCUUGACACGCUUUCAUUCUAGGUCACCUCCUGGGAUUUCCGUGCUUGAUUAUCUGGCGCGGCUUGCAAAGCAUGCAACCCUAAAACCUCCUCUCUUACUUUCUAUGGUUUAUUACAUUGAUCAACUUUGCGCAUCAUACCCUGCAUUUACCAUUACAACAUUGACUGUUCAUCGAUUUUUGAUCACGGCAGCGACGGUAGCCUCCAAAGGACUUUCGGACAUUUUCUGGAACAAUUCUACUUAUGCGAGAGUUGGUGGUGUCAAAUUGGCAGAAUUAGGAUUACUGGAGCUUGAAUUUUUACACCGUGUUGAUUGGAAAAUAAUCCCAAAGCCAGAAAUGUUGACCGAUUAUUACAAAGGGUUAAUUGAGCGAAACGAGCGUUACAAAAUGGAAGGAGAUAUGACGGAUGACUCUGAUGAAUUAGAAGAUGAUGAUGAAGAAAGCGACGAGCCUAAUACCCCCGAGCAAGCCGAGGUUGGAGUUGACGCAGAUAUGAGUAACACGAAGGAGUCAGAUGCUCCAAAUCAUAAGACAGAGUCUGGACAUGAAGAGUCUUCACGGUCAGAAGGACCUUGA